AUGGACGACAACUCACCACCCGCCCGCCACGCACCACCGCACAUCCGACUCAACUCCCAACAGGACGACCUACUCGGGAUGUCCGAAGCGGGCCAACAACAGCCGGCCUCCUCCCGGCCACAAACAGCACGGCAACCGUCGUCACGAUCACUAACCGCCUCGUCACGGCCCGGCACCGCGCCAGCCAUACGAAAUGCACAGAGUAAUCCCGGCCCCUUGUACCAGAAUCAGACACCGGCGGAGAGCGCAGAACUCCUUCUACCGCCGCGAAGAAGUCGCACGCGGAGAUUUCGAGACGACCCCGACUCACCCAGCGUCCCGCACUCCCCCUCCGCCAGCGGCUUCAACUCCCGGCGCACGUCGUGGUCGAGCGAAAGCGCGGGAAGCAGAGACAGCAGAUACGGUGCCAACCCGUUCGAUGACUCGCGGGCGCCUUCACGGGCGGGCAGCGAUGAAGAGGGUGUCAAUACGCAGACGGUGAGCGAGAAGUACAACAUCCUGCCCUCUGCAGGACUACUCCUGUUCCCCGAAGAUGUGGAGAAGGAUGAUUACCUGCACAAUCCCGACCCGAAUGAGAGGGACAAGAUGAACUGCGCGGAUCUGUUCAGCAAACGAGGAUUGAUUAACGUGGGCGGGCUGGCGCUGAUAACAUUGGGCAUCCUCGUCUUGUUCAUUGGGUAUCCGAUAUUAACAUUCGUCCAACGAGCCGUAGCACCCUCCGGCUCCAACGAGUGCUCCAAAGACCCCAACUGCCUCAGCGACAGCAUGCCGCUCCUCAAGAACAUCCGCACCAGCCUCGUCGACCCGGAUACGCCUCACAAUGUCCUAUCUCGGACAGGCUUCAACGGCAAAUCCCAAAAGCUCGUCUUCAGCGACGAAUUCAACGACGACGGCCGCACCUUCUACAAUGGCGACGACGCCUACUUCCAAGCCGUCGACCUCUGGUACGGCGUGACCGCCGACCUCGAAUGGUACGACCCGGACGCCGUCACCACCGGCGACGGCACCCUCCAAAUCCGCUUCGACGCUUUCCGCAACCACAAUCUCAACUACCGCAGCGGCAUGCUGCAAAGCUGGAACAUGCUCUGCUUCAAGGGCGGAUACAUGGAAGCCUCCAUCUCCCUCCCCGGCCGCGGCGACACCAUCGGCUUCUGGCCCGGCUUCUGGGCCAUGGGCAACCUCGGCCGCCCGGGCUACGCCGCCACCACCGACGGCAUGUGGCCCUACUCCUACCACGACGCCUGCGACGUCGGCAUCACCCCGAACCAAUCCGACCCGGACGGCCACUCCUUCCUCCCCGGCAUGCGCCUCCCCGCCUGCACCUGCACGGGCGAAGACCAUCCCACCCCGGGCACCUCUCGCUCCGCCCCCGAAAUCGACGCCCUCGAAGCCUCGGUCCGCUACCUCGACCCCCCAAUCGGCGCCGCCGUAGGCACCGCCUCGCAAUCCUUCCAAGUCGCCCCCUUCGACAUCCUCUGGCGGCCCAACACCCAGUGGAUUGAACUCUACGACCCCACCGUGUCGGAAAUGAACGCCUACCAGGGAGGCCAAUACCAACAAGCCCUCUCCACCGUCACGAACCUCAACAACGGCUGGUACGACAACAACGCCUACCAAUCCUACGGCUUCGAGUACGAACCGGGAGACAGCGGGUACGUGGAGUGGAACGUCGGCGCCGUACGGACGUGGAAAGUUGAGGCCAACGCCGUCGGUCCCAAUGGGAAUAUCGGUCAACGAGUUAUUCCUGAGGAGCCGUUGGCGUUGAUCGUGAAUUUCGGCAUGUCCAACGGUUUCGCGGCGCUGAAUAUGUCCGGCUUGGGACCGCUUAUGCCGGCGACGAUGAGACUGGAUUAUAUCCGCAUUUAUCAGGAUGAGGAUGGCGAGAUGACUUGUGAUCCUGUUGGUUAUCCGACGACGGAUUAUAUUGCCAAACAUCCGGCGCCUUACAAUAAUGCUAAUUUGACGCUUUGGUGA